ACCAAUAGCAAAGCGGCUAUUUCUGUUUUGAACGAAACGCGCUUGUUGAUGGUUUGACGUAUUUUCUCUACACAUUUUAAGAGGUCUACUGAGCAAGAAAGCUUUGACCAUUUAUGCACUUGCUAAAAGAACAUAGUAAACUCAUUCCGGCGCGACGAUUCGGUUUCGCAUUUAUUCGAGGCAGCAGUGUCCCUACUUGCUCAUACGAACCGUUUUGAAGCACGCCGGAGAUGUCAAGUCGAAGCGUGGAAGGCUCGCCUUCCAGGAGAUGUGAGCAGCGCCCUCCGUUGAGAAGUUUGGAGAAUGAAAAGCAGCAUCUGCCUUCUCCGCCGAGACACAAGUCCAAAUCACUGAUGAAGGAGGAUGUUUGUCUCGGCCUGUGCUCUCCUCCAUUAGCCAAUGUGACACAAACCAUCAAAAUGGCCACUUUUGGACCCGUCGAGCUCGCAUUUCAAUCCUUCAUCUGCUCCGGUGGCGAAGUGAUGAUUUCAGAAGAGCCUUCACUGUGCGCAGAAGACCACAUUUUCUUGCCUCAAGACCAAACUGUUGGUGGCACUUGUGAAAAAGAGGAUAUGGGGACCAGUGAAACCCACAGCAUACACAUGGAACAUCCUUAUUGCCACCCUGAGCGAACGGACCCUGCUGUGGUUGAAAUCAUUCCAGAAAACACUCAGUCUGACAGCAGUGAGGUGAAAGUUUCAGCUGGCUCCAGGCAACUGGGUGAAACCGUUCCUUUUGUAAUCGACGGUGAGCAUGUAGAGAAUCCCAACGACUGUCAACGUGAAGGCACUCCGAGCGCAGUCUUCGAUGUGACAUUAAAGUCAUUCACCUGCACUGGGGUUGAGGUGGAAAUUCCCAACGUCACUAAAGUGGUAGAUGAGACAGUUCCUCUUCCAGCAGAGCAAAUGGUCACCAGUCAUUCAGAGCUGAGCUUUUUACCUGCUGAUGUGUGGCUCUGCAGCGAUCACUUUGACCACCCAUACUGCCAUUUUGAGACCAAUGUGGACACUUUUGGACAAGAGGCCGACUUGUUGAGUGCUUUUGUCGCUGUUCAGGGAGAACAGGCUGAAAACUCCCAGCUCCUCCAUAACGAGUCUCUCACAGUGGAUUGUGUUCAAAAGAGCCAAAUUCACGAUGAGGCGGUUACUCUUACACCAGCAUUGGACAAGACUCUGACUCACCAUUCAGUUUCUUUAAAAGUCCAAGAUGGAUUUUAUGAUGAAAUUCCCGCAGUCGCUGAAAUGUUUAACGAGAUCUUUCCUCUUCCAGCGGAGCAAAUUGCAAGCGGUCAAUCCCAGCCACAAAUUUUACCUGCUGAGGUGAAGGAAUGUGGUGAGCUUUUAAACUGUCAUUUUGAGAAGAAUCUUCUAGAUCCUCACAUUGAGACCAAAACGGACAAUUGUGGGCAAGUUGCCGGUAUUCCAGAGGAACAAACUCACUCAGAGUUCCUGACCAAGAGCCAGAUUCUCACAAUGGAUCCCAUUCAAGUGAACCCAAUUGAUGAUGUUUUAGGGACUUCGACACCAUCAUCGGAAAAGACAUUGGUGCCUGAGUCAGUUAAUUUAAUAAUCCGCGCUACACCAGAGAGGCUUGAUGAUGGCAAGAUAGUUCCAGAGGGGCAGCCAAAUCUGGACUUCAGCCAGUCCAGCGAGGCCAAGGACAGCGCACUGGGUUUGUCUGAAAACAGACCGCAUGUCCCAUCACCUGUGGGUGAACCUCUCGCGGAGACCUUGCCCACUGUUUUAAAAGUGCUCACAGAGCGGCCGUCUGUCGUGUCGGCUCUUCAGCUCAUCAGUCCGAUUCGAAGGGCGUCGCUCACCCUCGCGAGGGCUUGCAGGAAUCCCGCUGACCACUGCGAGAAGAACGCGCUUUCACCGGACGGUACCGAGAUGGCCGCUUUGUGGACGGACCACUUGGAGAGCCCGCUGCCUUGUCCCCUCUUCAACUCCACCACUCUGUGCAACAAGCUCCAGUUGGAGGGUCCGCAGCCAGAGGAUUUGGGGAAGAAGAAUCACGGGUCGGCGGUUCCCGACGGGCCUUUGAUUCCGGAUGGUCCGCUCCAGCAGCAGCUACGGCAAAUGGCGGAGUUUCUCCUGCUGGCGUCGGGAAAGAUUAAUUUUGCCGCACCUCCCGCAAAGUCUUGCGGCGUCGGAGUGGGCGUCACCCCUGUAAAAAUGUUGGAUCGGAGCCUCAAUACGUCAGGAGAGUUUGAGAGAAAGGCUGAUUUGUCCAACGCGGAUGCCUGCACGCUUACGGAUCCUCUUCCUCUCAUGUGGAACUGUCCCGCAGGAAGCUUGGACAGCGUGCCAAGAGAGGAACUCGAGCAGAGGCUGACGUCCAGCACGGUUAUGGUGGAGGCCUUGGUGCAGCAGCUGGCCGUGGCCCGGGCGCUGUGCGCCCCCUCUGCAGGCCCGCCGCCGUCCCAGCUGCGGAACAAGUUGGUGCAGACCGACCACACGGAGCUCAGCCAGACGACAAUGUAUAGGGACUUGUAUAUGGCGGCGUUGGACAGGAUUGGCAACUUGGAGCAAGAUGGAAGCUCUGUGCAGGAACUCAUCCGGUAUAUGCAGGAAAUGCGCGUCACCAUGGCAUCUUUGACGGGCGACACCGAUGCAGCGCUCUCCGACAUGAAGCAAAUGGAGGCGCAUGUUCGAGAGGAUCAUCGAAGACUGGCUUCUCAUUACGGCAAGAUGAAGUUGUUGUGCACUAAGUUCAAGGAAAUGCAGACACGAAUGACGCAGAAGGUUGACGAAGCAUUCCGGCAAAGAGACGAGAUGAAGACUCAGAUGGAAGACGCUCAGACGUCCAAGGAAGCUGCCUUCAGUACCGUGGAGCAGGUGAGGACUCGCUGCGCCGGCGAAAUGGCGGCACUGCGGAGGAGCGUCGGCUCUCAGCAAGAACUCUUGGCUGCUCUCAAUGUUACCUUCCCAGAGCUGGUUGCACUAAACGAGACCAACAGUGAAACCUUGAGCUCUGCUUCGGAUGUUCUGUGCCAAACCAUGCAGGAUCACUCCAGUUUGACGAACGAAUUGUCCAGCGUCAGGAGCCUGGUGCUUCGGACCACUCCUUUGCUGCUGAGGCUGAACGAGAAGGCGGCGGCUGCUCUGAGAGAAAGAGAUGAGCACAUGUCCGCGCGGGACCAAGCUCAAGAGGAGAAAGAGCAGCUGCAAGAGGAGUUGAGAAAAGCCACAUUCAGUCUCCAAACUGCCGACGAACAAAUUGGUGAUUUAAGUCUGCAGGUUAAUAUUUUGACCUCAGAGAUGGGCGUGCUACGUCAGAAGCUGAAGGAGGGUGAGGAGCAGCGGGCCGAGCUGGAGAGGACCUUGACGGAAAUGUCAGCCACCGUGUGCUCCACGACGGCUGCCCACACAUUUCUGGAGCACACCCUGGCCGAGGAGACGUCCAGGUUGCAGCAGGCACAGAGAGACGCCAGCACGGCCAAGGAAACGGCAGACCAUUUGGCAUCGUCGCUCUGCCAGGCGGAGGAGUGGGCGGACGAGCUCAGUCGUGAUUUGGCUGAGAAAGAGGAGCACCUAAGGCGGUUGCGGGAGCUCUCGCAGUCGCAGAGCUCACAGAUCCAGCAACUGAGGGGCGUCUGCGCGGAGCUCGGCGCCGCGGCGGAGAUGAACGAGUUCCUGCAGGCGGAGAACGAGGUGGCUCGAGAGCAGCUCGCCGAAAGCGAGAACAUGCUCAGGGUUCUCCACGAGAGGAACAUCCAGUGUGAAGACCUGAAAGCAGAUCUCUCUCGAUUGGAGCGAGAGAGGAAGAGCGUGCAGGAGGAGCUGGAGGCCACCCGGAUGAAAGCCGACACAUCCCAGCGGAAGCGGUCCGAGGAGCUCGCUCAGGCCGUCACGGAAAUUACCUUGCUGCACCACACGCUGCGGGUGGUGACCGACAAGCUGCACGACGUACUCGGCGGCGAGAAGCCAAAGCCAAAUAACUCACAACCAGCGCUCAAAGUGGAGCAGCAGCAACCGUCCAGCUCUUUUCUAGAUUGUGUCACGGUCACACUAACUGCUGAGAAGAAUGAUGAUGAGGAACAAGAUGAAGAAACUAAGACAACAGACGUGUCCACGGACUCGCGAAGGGAGAGCAUAUUCAGCGAGAACAGUGCCUUCACACGCCUGCCCGUCACCCCGAAAAAAAAGCAACCCGUGGCGCGGGAGGUUGAUGAAGAGGAAAAGGAGGAGCAGAGCGGCGUGGCGGAAGUGCUGGCCCACCUGAGCGACAUGGUCACGGAGCUCGUCGGCGCCCUCGAGUCCGUGCAGCGACAGAAAGACGCUCGGGCGGAGGAGCUGCAACACGCCACCUACAGCCUGGAAAUGGCGCUGCAGGACACAAACAGCAAGCACAGGGCGGAGGUGUCCGAGCUGAAGCAUCAGCUGAGCUGCCUGCGUCGGCAGGCCGAGCACCGAGAGCAGGCACUGCAGCAGCAAGCUCAGGAUUCCAAGAUGAUAACCAAGCUCAUGAAUGAUGUCACCGAAGCCCAGGAGCUGAUGCUCAAACACAGAAUUGAAUAUAAUGAGUUGCGUAAGGAGAUGACGGAGCUGCAUCGCUCUCUCCAGCAGAGUGAAACAGAAGUUCAAAUCCUGCGCGCCGAGCUCAGGAAAGCCGGCGCGCAGACGACCAGCGAGGUUGUUGAAAAGGAAGAGAAAAUCCUUUUGUUAAAAGAGGUGGAGCGACUGAAGACGAGCCUUCAGGAAACGGAGAAGACGAGAGGCAAAUUGCUCGAACGGGCAAAGCGAUAUCAACAAAUCCAGGAACUCAACCAGCAGAAAUGCGAGAACGAGGUGCGCAUGUUGAACAACAUGAUGAAUAAAGUCCGGGAGACAUUGCUGUCGUUGCCUGAGGUGGUGAAGACCUGUGAGCAGCUACAGGAGCUUUUAGAAUAUUUAGGCUGACAUGGUUUUUUUUUGUCUAUGUUCAUGAAGUAUAGUAGUAUAUUUACUUGUGCUGCCUUUUCUGUCCCCUUCGAUGUUUUCAAAUGUUCACUUUGUUUCACACACUUUUUAUGUAUUAUUAUUGGUAAAUAAAUAUAGAAACUAAAA